UACUAACAAUACAAGGAGCUACAAAAUCAGAAACAAAGUCUUGGUUAACUGACGGAGAUGACAGUACGUGUAACAAUGAUCCAAACUUUCAAGAACUCACUGUGUCCUGGGAUAAAACAUAUACUUUGACGUGGCUGAGGAUGGUUUUGAAUGACACAUAUAAGUUUUCAACGGUUCAAUUAUUGUACAAUACAAGUAAUGUAUACCAAGAGUGUGGAAGUCAGAAAUGGUCACAACUUAAUGAGAACACAAUGGAUAUAAGAUGUGAAGAUAAUGUGAUGACAACUUCGUUGAAAAUACUUGGGGACAUAGGCUCCUUGUGCUCUCUUUAUAUUAGUGGAGGCCGAAAUGUGGCAUAUAAACAGACAGCUACACAAACGUCCAACUACAACGAAACUUAUCUAAAUAACGUUCAAAAAGUAUUUACAGCCGAUUUAGCAGUUGACGGAAAUACAAAUGGUGAUUUUUCUCAAGGCUUCUGCUCAAAUACUAUUGACAAUAAUCCUGGCUUUACCUUGACCUUAAAUAGUCAUUAUAUUGUAAACCAGUUUAUCUUAUACAAUAGAGUUGAUCACGGGAAUGACAUACGUCUGAGCAAAUUUCGUCUUAUAUCAGUGGAUGGAAAUAAUACUGUUGUGGAUAAUAUCAAAGAUAAUGAUGAAAAAGCGGAACCUAUCUAUUACAUAAGUGUCAACACUUCUAAGCCAAUCAAGUCAUUAUCUAUUAAUGAAACAAAAAUAACCUCAUAUGACCCUUUUCCAAUGCUCACACUUUGUGAAGUGGAAGCUUACGGCGAAUGCCCUCCUGGUACAUGGAGUCUUCCUUGCACACAAAGUUGUCCCACUUCCUGUCCCACCAGUUGUGAUAGAGAUACUGGACUAUGUAACAGUGUUUGUUUUGGCUUCAGCAAUCCACCAGCAUGUAGUGAUGUUUGCAUGGCAGAACUAUGGGGCAUUAACUGCAUUAACAAUUGCAGUGCCAGUUGCGCAAAUCUAUCAUGCCACCGUAUAACUGGAGAAUGUACUCAAGGAUGUCUUGGCUACAGCAAUCCACCUAAAUGUACUACAGCGUGUGAUCAAGGCAUGUAUGGACAAAACUGUUCCUUCCCCUGUCAUGCGCAUUGUCUCAAUGGAACAUGUAACAAUGUAGAUGGUUCCUGUGUUUGUAUCGCUGGUUAUAUAGGAGACGCUUGUGAUGAAGGAGUUGUAUUUAAUGAAGGACCUACUGAUAACAGGGCCAACGAAGAAACAGAUAAGUUUUCAAAGGUUAAAUUAUUGUACAAGACAAGUAGUGAAUACCAAGAAUGUGGAAGUCAGAAAUGGUCACAACUUAAUGAGAACACAAUGGAUAUAAGAUGUGAAGAUAAUGUGAUCACAACUUCGUUAAAACUACUUGGGGACAUAAGCUCCUUGUGCUCUCUUUAUAUUAGUGGAGCUAAGGACACCCGCUAG